GACCGAGGCUAAUUUGACGUCAUCAAAACGCGUUCUAGCAAAGCUGCUUGUUUAAAGAGAAUAAAAGCGGUGUUUUAAGUCUGGAUUUUCCCGUGAAGCGUUAAUAGUAGAUUUUAUAUGUUGAAUGUUUUUAAGUGUAUUGAAAACUAUACAGUCUACGGCAACCAGAAAUAGGCCUAUCCACGGCACUGUGUACAUUUAAAUAUCCGUGAACUUUUUUUAUUCCAUGUUUUCGUCGCCUCCGUUCCAUAGGCAUUACGUCCAUUGACGCGUGUUUUCAGUUGAUAAAAGUUAAUUUAAAGAUUUCAAGUCGCCUCAGAAUGGCCUGUUCAGCGUUCCGUUGUCAUAAUACACAAAGGAAGGACUCGACUGUUAUGUUUUUUAGAUUUCCUUUAUGUGAUCCAGACCGGUUGAAACAAUGGCUGAAGAACAUGGGGAGAAAGAAAUGGACCCCCUCUGCAUUGUCACAUCUGUGCAGUACGCACUUUGAGGAUGACCAGUUCUUGUCAGACAGAAAUGUUAACAAGAGGCUGAAGACCACCGCUGUGCCUACUAUUUUCAUCCAUCCACCACAUUUCGCCACACAGACCAGGGCCAGACAGACCAGGGCCACAGAGACCAGGGCCACACAGACCAGCUCCCCAAAGAGCAGGUCCACACAGACCAUGGACACACAGACCAGGGCCACAGAGACCAGGGCCACACAGACCAGGUCCCCAAAGAGCAGGUCCACACAGACCAUGGACACACAGACUGAGUGGGUAAAUGUCAAAAUGGAUGUUGGCGAAAGUAUGGUUUCAAGUUUUGUCCCUUCAUCUUCUUCACCCAGUUACAUUGCUGAGCCUGGUCCGGGUACACGUUUGUGUUCUGUGUUGGAUAGUGAGCCCGUUACCAACAUUGACAUAAAAGACAGGUGUAGCAUUCCUUCUCCUGAUUAUAGCGACAGGGGAGUUGGACUUGGGGUGGACAGGGGACUCAGUACCCAGGGCUCUUAUGUGAGGAGGGACCCAAAAGAUGCUAGAAUGAAGAGCUGCGGAUACAGAGAGGGGUCCAUAGAGAAUGCCUUUCUAGAGGGCCCAGAAUUUCAUGCUACGCCCCUGUAUAACAACGUCAGUGUGAAGCAGGAGCCUGCUGAGGAGACCGAUGUCGUUGUGAAGCAGGAGCCUGCUGAGGAGACGGAUGUUAUGACGCAAGAGCCUGCUGAGGAGACCGAUGUCGUUGACACCGUCCUUCCCGAUUACAUUGUUAAGGUUGUUAUCAAAGCUGAUGUUAAUGAGGCUGCCGCUGAGGACAAUCCUGACGUUGAUGAGUUUGCUGCUGAUGACAUAACUGAGUAUCCCACAAGCGGAGAUUCAAAAACAGUUAUUCUUGAUCAUGGCUACUUCUCCAAAAAACAAAAGGAAAUCCGCAAGUUCUCUGAUCACAUGUACGUGAUUUCGGAGUCUCCCAUAAUACUCAAACGUAGAGUGAAUGAACUGUGUGAUAAGCUUGUUGAAGCUCGUAAAAAGUUCAAGUUGAAGUGUCAGGAGACGAGAAGAAGGAAGUCCAAACUGGUGUCCUUAAAGAUUCUGACAAAAGGUCUUCAGAAGAAGUUGAAUUCAUUGCAGAAAAAGUUGAAGGUGUUGCAGAAACCUAACGGAGGUACGGUGCAAAAUGUCCAGGAGCCAUUUUUCAUCUGGGUCCCUUGUGUGUGAGAGUUUAUAUGUAGCAGGCUCUCUGUGGCAUGAUGGCCAGUAACUUUUUCUGGAAAAGAGAUAAUUAUACCAAUAGAUGUUUUUGAUGCCCAUCAUCAACAAUGGUAUGAACAGGAAGGGCAAAAAAAAAUAGCAGAAAAAAACAAACCAAAAAACAUUAAUUCCUAUGGGCCUUUUUUAAUUAAUUAAAAAGAUUUAGUGUGUCUGUCCUCUCAGUCAGAAAAUAAACACACACACACACACACACACACACACACACACACACACAAAAGUGACCGUGACACUGAAAGCAUGCAGGUGGAUAUGGAGAUUAUUUUAUGAAUAUCAGAGCAUUUCUUUGUUUUAAGUGGACUCCUCCCCAAUUUAAUUCAAGGGAAUUCGGGCGGUUUAUUUUGAGUUGUUGAUUCUCAAUUUUGUCUCAAGCAAAGGCAGCCAUUUACCUCAGUAGGAGAAAUAAAAUGUGACUAUGAAAGAUCAUUUGAUGAUUUGAAUGUUAAAGAAUAGACUGAAAACUGAUCACAGCUUUUACAGUUUGACAAAACUGUAAGAUGUUGCAUCAUAUGGUGCAUCAAAAUGUGUUAUGCUCUGUGGUGAAAGACGAGUUAGUCUUUGGACUCAUUUUGUGUUGAACAAUAUGGCUGCAAAUUUAAUUUGAUUUUGUUUAUUUGAGUUGUCUUUGAAAAUAUUGUCAUGUGCAAAUAAAGUGGUUUUGAAAAUUG